CUUGGUUCGAGAUUCGUGAUCGUUCUUCUACCUUACACGCCUGCAGUUUUGGCCGAAGAGUUUAAGCGUAUUUGGUUUAUCAGUCUCCGCGCGGAGAGUGUUUCGAUCAAAUGCGGCUGAAGAUCAACAAGGCCUGCGAUCUCAGCUCUAUCUCUGUUCUUCCUCCUCAAUCCAGGAGGUCAAAUGCACCUACUGGGCAGCAAGCACCACAGUUGCGAUCACAACCUUCGCAACAAUCCUUUUCACAGGGACUGUCAUCUCAGCACGGCAUGUAUUCUCAGCUCUCGCAGAACUCUUUUGACGAAGUCGUGACAAAUGAUCAGAGAUUUAGCUCUCAAGACCGAGAAAACUCAAUUAAGAAGAAUUCAUUUUUUCCUCCUCUAAGUUAUUCCAGAGAAGAUUGCCAAUUGCCACUCUCUAGAUCUUCUACCAGUCUAGUACAAAAAUGGAAAUCAACUCCUCUUCCGGACUCUAAGUGUCAAGUUGGUGAAGAACUUGACCGCCGCAUUGGAAACAUAGAAAACUCAUUAAGCAAGUUUGGAAUGAUCUUGGAUUCUCUUCACAGUGAUGUCCUGCAACUAAACAAAGGAGUGAAGCAAGUUUCUCUGGAUGUGGAGGGCAUAUGGCAAAAGAUGACUGUUCACAGUAGCUCACUGCAGUCCGUGAACAAAGAGCAAGAUGACAUUAGAGCUACCCUUGAUGGAGGCUUCAAAGUGAUAUCUGAUCAACUAAAGAAGGAUGCAUACCAAGAAAAGCUACAUGAGAUUUCCGAUGUUCUUUCUGCGUUGGGAAAGCAAGUACAAGCAUCUCUACUGAAAUUAAAAGAUGACGUCGUCAGCACAUUCACACAAGAAAUGAAGGCAAUGAAUUGUGCCUUGAAGAACCCAUCACAGAAAUUUCCACCAAACUCUAUUCGAUCACCUGAGAGUAGCGGUUGUUUGGUUGUUCCACAGAAAAAGCGGCAGCGAUGUAAAAUCCAAUCUGCGUCUCCAAAUGUUUGCAUUCGAGCACCUGCAGUACAAAACGAGGAAGUGGGAGGUUGGAAAUCAGUAAAAGUUUCAAAGGCUUUCUGCACUAAUAGUGUGGUGAGAAAGGAAGAUGCAAAGAAAGCAAUUCCAUUUUCUGAACAGCAGUGCCUGGUGCUGGGAACAGAAUAUAGAGUUAUUGUUGAUUCCGAUGAGGAGAUCGGAAGAAGUUUCUCCUGCUUAAUUGAAGAGAAGAAAACAGGUGAAGAUGUAGGUUACUACUCCAUAGAAGAUGCCAAGGAAGAAACUGAAAGAAUUUUAAGGAAAGCAAGAAGGCAGAAAAGGAAAUGGUGCAAUCCUAUAAUUAUUAACUGAAGGUGCAAGAUGGCUCAGCACGAUCAAGUUUCAGGAUGUAAAGGCGCGGCCUUUCUUCUAGGCUGUGGCUUGAAAGUUCCAUUUGCAAUAUCAAAAUCUUCAGCAGUGAGGAAAAGCAUCCAAAGCCCCACCAAGGAACCCUAUGCCUUGACGCAAGAGCCUACCCACCCACCCACAUCCAACGUCCAAAAAAUUAAAGAAAAAAAAAGGUGAAGCAACAGGUAAAAAGAGCAACCCUGCCCCCUCUGGUGCUGUUGCCAUCCAAAGUACCUCUCUCUACCUCUCUCUCUUUCUUGUUUUGGUGUUUGGGCUGGGGGUCCUCCUGUCUUUUUGCCUUUUUACCCAUCUAACUGAAGUGAAAUCUGGUAGAUUACAUUAUACCUCCCUCUCUCUUGUUGGUGGUUGGGCUAGGGGUCCUCUUGUUUUAUUUCUUUUCUUGUUCGUUUCUUUACCAAGGUGAUUGACAAGUGAUAGGACUUAAAUCUUGAUAUGCUACUUAUAUAUAUACACGAUAUUAGGGCGGGACGGGUUUGAGAAUGCACUUUCUGAUUUC